CCAAGUCUCUGGGCGCGUCACUCUACGCCGGUCAUUGCCCGGCUCGCCGGGCUUCUUGACCGUUAUCGUGAAUACCUACCUGGCGUGUGAGUACGUAUAUCUAUAAAGCCCUGCUGUUUCCCCUUGUCUCUGAAGGCUGCCUACUUCCAUUCGAUCGCAAUCUGGUCUUGUCUUCUGCGUCUAUCACCAUGUCGAGUUCUGUCUCUACAGUCCUCCCCGUAGGAGCAGGCUAUGGUGUCGUUGUUGGUAUUGGCUUUUUCUUCACCGCCGUCAUGAUUGGAAUAUCCAUGCUACAGAACAGAUAUACCAACUUUUCCACGAGGACAAGCGAAGAAUUCAACACAGCAAGUCGCAGUAUCAAACCUGGUCUCAUCGCCGCUGGCAUUGUGUCUGCUUGGACAUGGGCGGCUACCCUUCUACAGAGUAGCACUGUGGCGUAUACAUAUGGUGUGGCAGGGCCCUUCUGGUAUGCUGCUGGAGCUACUGUCCAAAUUUUAAUGUUCUCUAUUCUCGCCUGCAAGACGAAGAUGAAUGCUCCUCACUGCCAUACCUUCCUGGAGAUUAUUCAAGUGCGCUAUGGACGCUUCGCUCAUUGCGUCUUCAUUUUCUUCGCCCUCGUCACGAAUAUCCUCGUCGGCUCACAACUACUGCUUGGAGGGUCUGCUGUUGUCACUACUCUGACAGGCAUGAACGUGUAUGCGGCGAUCUUUUUGAUCCCAUUGGGCGUGGUCGCCUACGUCUUGAUGGGCGGUCUCCGUGCUACCUUCUUAUGCGACUACUCUCAUACCCUCAUCUUGAUGGUCAUCAUCCUGUACUUCAUGUUUCAAGUCUACGCUGAGAAUAGUCUCAUCGGUUCUCCGGCCGAGAUGUACAAGCUCCUCAAGAAGGCAGCCAACCUUCGACCGGUCGACGGAAACCAGGACGGGUCGUACUUGACACUGAAGUCCAACAAUGCUCUCAUUUUCGGCGUCAUCCAAUUGUGCUCCGGUAGUGGAACAGUCUUCCUCGACCAAGCUUACUGGCAACGAGCGAUUGCGUCUCGGCCUACCACCGCCGUCCGAGCAUAUAUUCUAGGCGGUAUGGCCUGGUUCGCAAUCCCUUUCGGCUUUGCAACUACACUGGGCCUUGCUGCUGUGGCCUUGACGGAUAACCCUGCCUUCCCUACCUAUCCGAACCCGCCAACAGCCGAUCAGAUCUCCGCCGGUCUGGCAGCGGCGUUCUCAUCGAGCACCCUCCUCGGGAAGAACGGUGCGGUUGCGCUCUUGAUCACGCUCUUUAUGGCGGUCACCUCAUGCGCGUCCGCCGAACUCAUCGCAGUCUCCUCCAUCUUAACUUUCGACAUCUACAAGACAUAUAUCAAGCCCACCGCUACCCCUCAGAACCUGAUAUUUAUGGCGCACGUCAAUGUCGCCGUCUUCGGCAUGACCAUGGCCAUAUUCGCCAUAAUCUGGCACGUUAUCGGCAUCGACCUCGGCUGGCUGUUCCUGGUCAUGGGCCUGCUGAUCGGUGGCGCCGUCUUCCCUGCCGCAUUUGCUGUCACGUGGAAGAAACAAAGCCGUGCAGGAGCCAUUGCCGGCGCAUUGUCCGGUCUGGCAGCAGGUCUCACAGCUUGGCUUGCAGAAGCACAAGUCUACUACGGCGAACUCACCCUCGCGUCUACGGGGUCCAACUACGCGACGCUGGCAGGCAACCUUGCCGCGAUCAUGACCGGCUUAAUCGUGUCGGUCGUCGUGUCCCUGAUCAAGCCAGACAAUUACGACUGGAGCACGACUCGCGCAAUCAACAUCGAGCAUGCACUGCACGCUGUCGAACCCGAAAAGGCACGACACGAGUCUGACACGACGCGCACUGGCGACGAUGCCGUCAUCAAGUCGUCGGACGACGAUACGUUGUCGCCUGCUUCCCCUGUCAUGCCAUCCGUGAAUCCGGACGAAAAGCAUGUCGCCUCAGGCCGGCGCCGAAGCUCGAUCCGCAUCGACGAAGAGCGACAGAUGUCCAUCGACGCCGCGCUGGAGGACGAUCCAAGCCGUCUCCGUUCGGCGUUCAAGCUCGCUUGCAUCGCAUCGUUUGUCUUGCCGUUCAUCAUGGACUUUCUGAUCCCGAUCCCCAUGUUCCUUAGCCAUUAUAUAUUCUCGGAGCAUUUCUUCACGGCGUGGGUGGUCAUCAGUUUCAUUUGGGUGUUUUCGUCGACCAUCAUUUCGGUGGUUCUGCCGAUCUGGGAGACUCGCGGCUUCUUCAGGCAGCUUUUCACCGAGAUCAUGGGCGAUCUCAGGGGGAGGAGACAGGCUUCUUGAAGAGAAAGUCAUCACUUGAAGCCUUGUUCAGGGGCAUGCAAAUUUCGGGAUAGAUGUAUCCCUGCCCCAUGGAUGAUAGAAACUUCAGUGAUUUUAGAGAGAUAGAUCGAUCUGUUGGAUAGGAUACCCUGUGAGUAACUUAGUAA